CGCGCCCUGAAUCAGGGAGACCGCAUACCAUCCCUGUAACGGAGCUUUAGUAAAUGCCCAAGUGGUAAACAUCUCAGGGGAUUUUUUUUUCUCUCUCUCUGUCUCUGAGCCCGGGUUAACAUCCCUUCCAGCUACGGGAGGGUAUAGGCUGGAGAAGAUGAGCUCUACAAUCUGCAGCCCCAGGGUCUGAGUUGCAAAUCUUACUGAGCGAGCUAACCAGGAUCUGCAAGCUGUAGCAAGCACCUUACAUUCUCACUGAAAAGCUGCAGGCAUGACUUGGUGCACCGUGAUUCCCACUGAAUGAUAGUGAUUUCUUCUGAUGUUCAGAAGUUACCAAUGACAAAUGGAGUAUAUCUCCAUAACAUUUAUAAAUAAUCUAAUGAAAUGGGAAUUAAAAUGUUAAUGGCUAUGCAACACUGCGUAUCUCCGCGCCCCAUGCCACCUCCACCUCUGGCACCAAAGCCCAACAAAGACAAUGCCAGGUUACAAAAAAUCUUGAAGCGGAUUGCAAAGCAGCAAGUUGCAGAAAUAUCUGUACAACCUGAGGAUGCAUCGGAGAAGCCACACUCAUACCCAUCCAAGCCCUUCCGGGCUUCUCUGUCUCCUGUUAGUGAGGCCAGUCCUGACCCGGAGCAGCGUGAACGCCGGACUCGAUCGCCUCAAUCCCCAAAAUCUACUUUGCCGCCUCUCAGACAAUACCUGACAGCAGUAACCCCAAUGCAUGGCAUAAGUCUAUAUCCCAUUCGGAAAACAUUUUACAAGGGCAAGAUAGAGAUCCUUCAAAAGGCACAAGUAAGUGACGUGCGGAUACCAGCUGAACCUCACAGGCAGGGCCAUGGUCAACAACUGCAGCCUGUGGUUCCUGUAAAGACGUUUUUCUUUUCCACAGAUCAACCAGGUAGCAAAAAACAAUCACCAAUGCUUGCUAUACCACCUCGGUUUUCCCCAAGUUUUUAUACGCAGCCUGGCACUGAGAUUCCCACUGCAAACAUUUCCACAGUUGAAUAUAUUAAACACAAAAGCCCUGGACCUGAACUUCAUGUUGCUAAGCAAUACAAGGCCAAUGGUUCUCAGAGCACUGUGACAACGUCUACAGGACAUGAGUUUGACCUCAACAGAGCAAAUGCACCCGCCUAUGAGCCCCUGAGGUCUAAGACUCCCACCUACGAGCCUCCGAGGGUGAAGACUCCCACCUUUGAGCCUCUGAGGUUGAAGACUCCCACCUACGAGCCUUUGAGGGUGAUGACUCCCACCUACGAGCCUGUGAGAGUAAAAACACCCACCUAUGAACCUCUGAGAGUGAAGACUCCCACCUACGAGCCUUCUAGAGCGAGGACUCCCACCUAUGAGCCUCCGAGGGUGAAGACUCCCACCUUUGAGCCUCCGAGGGUGAAGACUCCCACCUUCGAGCCUCUGAGGGUGAAGACUCCCACCUUCGAGCCUCUGAGGGUGAAGACUCCCACAUACGAGCCUGUGAGAGUAAAGACACCCACCUAUGAACCUCUGAGAGUGAAGACUCCCACCUACGAGCCUUCUAGAGCGAGGACUCCCACCUAUGAGCCUCCGAGGGUGAAGACUCCCACCUUCGAGCCUCUGAGGGUGAAGACUCCCACCUUCGAGCCUCUGAGGGUGAAGACUCCCACCUACGAGCCUGUGAGAGUAAAGACACCCACCUAUGAACCUCCGAGGGUGAAGACACCCACCUAUGAACCUCCGAGGGUGAAGACUCCCACCUACGAGCCUUCAGGAGCAAAGACACCCACCUAUGAGCCUCCAAGGGUGAAGACUCCCACCUUUGAGCCUCCAAGGGUGAAGACUCCCACCUUUGAGCCACCAAGGGUGAAGACUCCCACCUUUGAGCCUCCAAGGGUGAACACUCCCACCUUCGAGCCUCCGAGGGUGAAGAUUCCCACCUUCGAGUCUCCGAGGGCAAAGACACCAAACGUUGAAAUCCCAAGAGAAAAACCCUUUACACAGGAGGUGCCUCAUGGGAGCGUCACCAAAAAGGCCACCAGUGUCACAGCCGUGCAUGACGAUGCUCUUACAUUUGAUGCUGGUCGUGCUAAUGUGGAAAUACAUCAUACAGAGAUGACUACCAUGGAGAAAAACAAAGUAAUGACUGAACUCAGGCCAUCUAACUCAGUUGCUAAAACAGUAAACAAAGAAGAAGUGAAAUCAUUUCCAAAAGCAGCUCCUCAACUGAAAGCUGCUGACAGAAUUAAACCUCCGAGAGGUACGGUAAGUGGAUGGUCUCGUCUCAAGAAACAUAUGGUGGUGGAAGAAGAACCACCAACAUUUCCAGAGCCAGAGAAAGAACAGCGAGAGUCAGAAGCUCAAAAAGAGAAUCACAGCGAGGCAGAGAACAAGAAUCUUGAGACUCAGAAAGCAAAGGGUUCACGAGCCAACAAGAUGUGGGAUGCCAUGCUGUUUCAAAUGUUUGCAUUGAAAGAGCAUUUGACAGAGACAAGGAAACCAGACCAACAAGACCCAGAUAAAUCCACACAAACGCAACAGAAAACAUGGUUCAGUUCACGUCUGCCGCUUCUACUUUUUAGGCCUAGAUUUGAUGCUCGAAGGUUAAAAGAAGCAGCUAAAGGUCCUUUGAAGAGGAUUAGUAGCACUUUGUUUGAAUCAGGUCUGCAUCGCAAAGCUAUUGAUGUUGAAGAGCUGAAGGAUUUUAAUCGAACUGCAAGAGGUUGGCAAUUAAAAGCAGCAGCCUAGUUAUGCAAAUUAAUGAAACAAAGUGCCCUGAUGACAUCCAGAGUAUACCCUUACCUCUGGAACACCAACAAAUUAGAGUAACAUCCCUACUGCCAGAAUGGAUUAGAUUUUUUAAACUAAAUACAACUAUGUUACUAAAUAUAAUAAAAAGUAAUUUCAUCCAGAUUCUGUUCUUGUGAAUUUAUUUAACUUGCUCCAUUAUUCAGUAACUGCACUAGUGUGUGUGUUUGUGUGUGCGCGUGUGUUUUCUAAAAAGGCUGACACCUAUGAGGUAAACCAUGAAUUCUUGAUGUAGAGCUGGGCAAUAAAAGCGAGACCUGGUGUGAUGAAGGUAAGUGGGAAAACAAGUCUCUGGCAUAUAUUAUAGGCACUGCAGAAUGAAGUCUACAUCAGACACAGCACAGAUGCUACCCCCACAAACAUGAGGAAAUGAUGAAGGGCCUCGGUUCAAAACAUCAACUGUUUACUUUUCUCCAUAGUUGCUGCCUGGCCUGCUGAGUUCCUCCAGCAUUUUGUGUGUGUUGCACAGAUACUACCCGGUUCAGUGACAGUACUGUUAAGCCUAGCUAGGAGAGGUUUUAAAAAGGAAAUUAAAAAUUUCAGCUUUGAAUUCACUUUAUGCAAUUUGUAAAAUCUCAAUUCAAAUGAAUAAGGAUCGGAAAUUUUCACAAUUCAAUACUACAUGAAUUCAGUAUGAUUUUUAAAUUUUUAAUCUGUAGCUAGACAAGAAUUGCUAACCUACAAAUACUCAGAAACUGCCAGUAUGACACCAGAUUACAUGACAAAACGUAUUUACAUUAAGCACAUAAAACUUAUCCAGGUAUCUGAAGAAUGAGACAUUACAAUCAUUAACAAUGCCUUGAGUAUGAAUUCAAAAAAGAUGACUAAACCUUAGACCAUGGGAUAUUUCUGGGACAGCUCAGUAGAUUAGAUGUAACCAACUGCACGCUUCACAUAUCUCGAGUGUAUACACCUUUGGUAUGUAUAAUUUAUUUUCUUUUUCUUGUAGGUUGUUUUCAAUGUAGCACUAUUUUAACUUUUAUAAAAUGCAGUGUAAAGUGGGAAACAUUGAAUCAGCAGCCCUUUAAAUACUUUUCCCUGUUGUGCUUUUCGUUGAGGUCCUUGGCAAUAAAAUGGAGGGAAGUACGUAUAAAACGAUAAUCCAAUAUCAAGCUUUUUUUUAUCAUCUCCAAAGUAACAUUACUUACACAGUGUCAAACUUUUCCAGAUUAACGCUACAGUUAAAACUUAUUGUGCACUGGCAGUGGACAGCGGGGGUGGGAGUUAUUAUGCUGCAUUGGACCUUGAGGAACAAUCUUAAUUUAUUCUCCUUUACACUUGUAUAUUGAAGAAUGACAAUAAACAAUCUUAAAUCUUGAUUUCACACCAAUGCGUGGAAAGUAUCGGGGGAGAAACUGAAGACAAGCAGAUGGAAAUUAACAACAGUUCAGCCGGUGAAAAUGUAUUUAGGACAUACCAUUUACAUCAGAACCAGACUAGAACUAUUUGUUUUCAUUAAGGGUGUGACAGGUUUUAAAUAGUCUUUGUAAUUCCAGUGUUUCUUGUUUUGCCCCCAGAUAUUUGCAGCUUUCCAGUUCAUUUUUGAUGUGAUGCCUGAUGGAUUAGAGAUUGCGCUAAUAGAUGCCAUUAAUAUAAGAUUUAGUUAUCUUUUUUGAAUUCAUAUUCAAGGCAUUGUUAAUAAUCAUAAUUCGUUUCAUAAAAUGGUCAUUGUGAUAUAUUUGCUCCAAAUUCUUUGCUUCUCAUCUUCUGUAACACGAGUUAACACCAUCUGAACAUUCUAGAACAUUAUUUCCUUGUCACUCAUUCCCAGUCACAUCUGGGUCCUAAUGGAUAGAAACUUCUCAUUUAUUUCAGAAAGUCUCGGGUUCCUGGCUUCUCACAUAGGAUAAAUGUAAUGCACAAAGAAAUUUAAUAGGUAUUAGAUAUUAAUAGAUAGUAGCUGCAUGAUAGCACUAGUAUAAAUCUGGGCCUGGCGCGAGUCGCUGGGUGGCGUGAUCUAGGCCCAAAGCCUUUUGCUGCAGUGGUACCCAGGCCCUUGUGCGAGGUAGAAUUCGCUGUUUAGACAGUUUAAAUAUCCACCCAGAUUGGAGGCAAGGGCCAAUUUCACUCGCUGUCCGCAAUGUUCGUUCCUUUCUCUAGGGCGCAGGAGCCUUUUGCUGUUCGUUGUUUGGUCAAUUUAAACAUUGGCCCAGACACACUGAAAAGAGAGAAUUGGGAUCCGAGGCGAGAGCCGAUUUAACUCGUUCUCUGCAAUGGUCAGUCCUCUCUCCAUGGCACUGAGACUAUGAAGACUGCUUUGGCUGCUGUGCUCCACGUUCAUUAGCCUGAUGAACUGAUAAGCAUGGCUUUGGCCCUACUCUGGCCUUCAAAUCUCUGGACUCAAUGUUGGUGUGGACUGUUCUUGUUCACUUUAAUUGUUAGCAUGAUUUGUAUUUUUUUUUCUUUCUCUUGCAUAUUGGGUGUGUUGGUCUUUUCUUUCUCUUGAAUUGGGUUCUUUCAGGUUUCUUGCUUUGUGGCUACCUGUGAGAAAGCAGAACUCACGACUGUAAUAAUUUAUACAUUCUUUGAUAAUGAAUGCACUUUGAUGUUGAUUUGAUGUGCAGUUGAGCUUCAUUUCCACUUGGUGCUCAAUUGAAAAUCAUCUCUCAUCAAAGCCUCUGUGCAUGCAUAUUUUUACUAUGAUUACUGGAUUGAUGAUUAUUCAAUGAUGUUACAUUCUGUACGUUUCAAGGAACAAUUCUUCCAAUACACUUUCAGGGAUGGAUACAAAUCUCUGCCUCUUUUUGUAUAUCCUUAUAAAACUCUUCUCCUUCUCCACACACAAAACACUAUCAACUUCACCACAUUACCUUCCUGGAUGCUAACAUCACGUGUCCUCAUUGAAUUCCAUAAUCCAGUGUGUUCUCUACUCCCUAAAGAUUUUGGGAUUAAUAAGAUCCUGCCAGAAAAUAUGCAAGACAAAAUCCAAAGGAGCAUAAAUCACAAGAUGGGAAGGGGGCCAAUAAAAAACAAAAGCACAUGGCAAGUCUUUAUUCUUGCUGCUAACUACUGCAACUGCUACUAGGCUACACUAAUGAAAAAUAUAUUGUAUUUGGGUGUAUCAAAUAACCAAGCUACACGCUUCUGUAUCAAGCCUCUUUGUGGGAUUUCUUUUUAAGAAGAAAGGCUCAGGGAUAUCUAUUUGAGGAUAAAAUAUCGGUUGGACUGCCCAACUUAGAGCAGACAAAAAUAAAACCCCACUGUAAUUCAGCCACCAGCUGGUCUUCUACUGAUCAAAUAUAUUUUUGGUCGUUGGGCUAAAAUCGGACAACAUAAAAACAGAGUGUUAAUUCAAUAGAUACUUAUAUAAUAUAGUACAUCACAUAAAUGAUGGAGCUUACUUUUAUAACUUGUGCAUUCAAUUCACAUUCUCUGGUUCAAUGGAAGUUUAUCACAGAAACAGCCUUCAAAGUGAAAGAGGAAGGUGUGAAGAUGUUGGAAACUGGCGCUUCCUGCUCUCUGAUUCAAGAUUCGAGAUUG